AUGCUUAUCGGAGGAGAUUUAUUCCCUCAUCUCAUCCACUCUGAAGCUGAGAUCAAACAUACUCAAGGCUUUCCGUCAGCGAUGGACACGCAUCUUAACUGGAUCUUGAUCGGGACCGUAUCUGCACAGGAUCGGCAGUCGUCGCCUUUGACAUCGUUGAUAGCCAGUUCGAACCCUUCCAUUGACGCUCUGAUGCGUCGAUUUUGGUCUAUUGAAGAGCCAGGAACACCGACUUUGCCUACGACGGAAGAUGAAAGUUGUGAACGAUGGUUUGUGCAAACAACUUCAAGGAAGUCAGAAUGUCGCUUUUGUGUAGCUUUAUCGUUCCGAGACAGUGUUCGUGCCGAUAAUAACGUGCCUUCCCAUGGGUUUGGGAACUUGAGGUCAUUAGCUUUAAAACGGUUUUAA